AUUUUAUUUAUUUAUUACAAAAUUUUUCAUCAUUAAAACAUAAUAUCUUCGAAUUUUUAAGAUGGUGUUAUUUUGUGAGAUAUCAGUGAUUAUAUUAUUGACAUUUUCUUCGAUUAAUUUCAUUCAUUCGAAUAUUGGCAAUUGGGAAGCCUGUGGUGGAAGAUUAGAACGUGCCCUAGAUGCACUUCACAAAGACUCGAGUAGACGAAAAGGAUUUGAAGAAGAGAAAUCAGGAACAUUGUAUCAGCAAGAACUUCGUUCAGUACCACUUGAAAUGUCUGUCUCCCGGAUUGUUGUGAAAUUAUCACAAGGAGCUAGAAAUACGGGAAAUUGGGCUAGGGUUGAAAAAUGCAUUUACGAACCCAACAACAAUUCUCUUCAAACUCGAGUCAUGUUCAAUGAUUUAUCUGUUUCUGGAAUGGUUUCGUUAAUACCACGGGAUCAUCAAUCUCCUAUAUCAGCUGAGUCUUGCAAAAUGACUCUAAGAUUGAGACGGGCAGGUGUUGAUUUUUUAACGAGUCCAAUCGCUCGUGGCAGAGGGCAAAUGCGCAUUCGUACGGAAUCUAGUUUUUUAGAGCCGAGAUUUGCUUCUAUUUAUGCUUAUGGUUGCCAUCCUACACGUUUAGACAAACAAAUUAAGAGACAGGACAAAUGGCCUCCGUUUUAUCCACCUCGAGAUGAAUAUACAAUUCUACCUUUAGCAUUGAAUGAUGAUUAUGAGGCAGCAGAGCCACGUCAAUUGGUCGGUGUUUCGAAAGAGGUAGACGUUGUCAUUCCGAACGAAACUCGUCAAUCUCGUUUCGUAAACGCUCCUGUUACAAAAUUAGGAAUAUGGAAGAAAAAUGUCUGGCUCACCAAAUCUCCAUUGCGGAAAAAGCGGGCUCUUGUAAAAUCUAAUGUUGUUGCGAGUUCUUCGGAUGUACAUCGUUUUUCAGAUUCUUUUAAAAGUGGUCACAAAGCUAGUAUUCGUUCCAUAAGGAUACCGAGAUCAACGGAGAUGAUCACUCCUCAAGAUUUUGUAACCGCAUUGAUUAAUAAACGGUCAAAAACCAACGAAAUUGGUAAUUGCACCAAAGAUCGAACAGAGCAGAGCAAUCUAACCGAUAUAACUAAAAUUCUUUUGAGAAAUUUGGAUGACAGCAAAUCAAAGACAAAUGUCAAGAGAGAAAAAAGUUACCCGAAAAUGGAAAAUGAGGAAUCGAAAGAAACUAGACAUUUAUAUAUUGAUGAAUCGUUAGAUAAUAUUUUUUCGAUUGAUCUAGAAAACGAUAGUAAAAAUUGGCAAUCUAAAGAAAAUAUAGCUAGAGAAAUGGAAGAUGUUUUUUUAAGAGGUGCCAGUCAGGCUUUGACCAGAUAUAUUGAAAGACAAUUGCAUCCUGCUAUUAAAGAAACACUUAUGAUUUCUAUGGGAUAUACUAUCAGUUAUGGAUAA